UUGUUGUUGCCGCUCACCUGGAUAACAAUCUACACUACGGAAAACUGCAAUGAUGUUAGGACUAAUGAUAUGCGGCAGCAAGACGUCUUUGAAACGCUGAUCGGGAAGCAAUAACAGAUCUUGCUGGUAACACAAGUUGUGAAGAUGAUUUUUAAAAUCGAUGAUGACAUUUAUACAUCAGACUACUGAGGCAAUGGCAACCGGGAGGCUGUGGUGACAGUGGUUGAGAUAUGUUGGUUGAUUUUUGAUUUUUUACAAGAAAGGGAUCAAAAUGUAGUGAUUGUAAAAAUAUGGAGAAAAGUAAGCUCACAGAAGAUCAAAGAAAGCAAGCCGAAGCAAACCGGUUAGCUGCGAUCGCUAAGAGAAAAGCGCUAACUGAGUCAUCUACUGCCAACAUUCACCAUAAAGAAAACCUAUUUCAUUAUUGGAGGCUCGCCAAGUGCCCUAAACUUGCACAUGAAAAUGCCCGUAUCCCAAAACGAUCUCAAGUUUCGAGUACCGAAUUGUCUAAACAGUUCCAGGCCAGGCUUGAAAUUCACUCCCCUGACUCCUUCUCGAUUGCCCCAGAGAUUCUGCGCUGGUGUCUCUACCCAGGAGAUGAAGUUUGUUUGCAAAGAUUGCAGGAUGUUUUAUCUGAUGUUAUGCCGUCACAUGAAACCCAAGACAGUGGAGGUAUAAAUGCAUAUGUUUAUAAGCUCAGGGAUUACGGUUCUGUUUUGUCAUGUUUAAGGAAAGCAAAGGAGAUUGAAAUCAAGGAGAUACCUCAUCUAACUCUCAGAGUUGUUGAAACAUUUUCACAUUGCUUUAUUACUGGACGAUGGAAACCAGUUAGACCGGAACAUUUAUCCGAGGAGGACGUAAAUGCAUUGAUCAGAAAGCUCCCAGGAACACUGUUAAAUGCACUUCUCCCUUUUCAACUUGAAGGUAUCAAAUUUGGCUUGCGACGAGGUGGUCGGUGUCUAAUUGCAGAUGAAAUGGGGCUUGGGAAAACACUCCAGGCUAUUGCUAUUGCUGGUUGUUUCAUGAAUGAAGGUUCUAUUCUCGUUGUUUGCCCUGCUGUUUUGCGUUAUUCAUGGGCAGAAGAAUUAGAGCGAUGGCUACCCUUUUGUUUACCCUCUGAUAUACAUCUUGUUUUUGGUCAUCGGGAUAAUCCUGCAUACUUAAGCAAAUGUCCUAGAGUUGUGGUUAUUUCUUUUACAAUGCUUCAGCACUUGAGGAAGACCAUGUUUGAACAUGAAUGGGCUUUAUUAAUUGUUGAUGAAUCCCACCAUCUACGGUGUUCACGAAAAGCAUCAGAAUCCGGAGAGAUACAAACAGUUCUCGAUUUGGCAGAGAAGGUCAGGCGUAUAGUUCUCUUAUCAGGAACACCUUCUUUAUCAAGGCCAUACGACAUUUUUCAUCAAAUAAAUAUUUUGUGGCCUGGUUUGUUGGGAGAGACCAAGUACAAGUUUGCAGAAACUUACUGUGAUCUCAAUUUUGCUCAGACCAUUCAAGGUUUUAAGGAUUUCUCAAAGGGUGUUCGCUUGGAAGAGUUGAAUGUGUUACUUAGCCAAACAGUCAUGAUAAGACGCUUGAAGGAGCAUGUGCUGGUCCAGUUACCUCCCAAACGUCGCCAGCUUAUAAGGUUGCAUUUGAAGAGAUCAGAUAUAGCUUCAGCCAAGGCAACUGUCAGUUUUUCCAAUGCUGAUGCUUUUAAAAAUAAUGCUUCCAAAGAUAUUGCUACAGAAAACCUGGGUGGAAACCGUGAUGCCAUUAACAAUUGCAAUGCCGGUGAACUUUCUUAUCAAGAGCUCGGUGUUGCAAAGCUUCGUGGAUUUCGUGAAUGGUUUUCUAUUCACCAACUUACUUCAAAUCCAGAUGGAUCGGAAGAAUUUGAUUUAAACUCCUGUUCUCAAAAAAUGAUAAUUUUUGCCCAUCAUCAUAAAGUUCUUGAUGGAAUACAGGAUUUCAUAUGUGAGAAAGGAAUUAGUUUUGUCCGUAUUGAUGGAACCACACUACCAAAAGAUCGACAAUCAGCUGUACAUUCAUUCCAAUCACUGAAUGAGGUAAAAAUUGCAAUAAUUGGAAUAACUGCUGGGGGUGUUGGACUUGAUUUUUCAUCAGCAAAACAUGUUGUGUUCCUGGAGUUGCCUCAGUCACCAUCGUUGAUGCUACAGGCUGAGGAUAGAGCUCACAGGCGGGGGCAGACAGGUGCGGUCAACAUUUACAUCUUCUGUGCAAAGGAUACUUUGGACGAGUCACAUUGGCGAAAUCUAAACAAGAGUCUUCACCGUGUUUCAUCCACAACAAAUGGAAAAUAUGAUGCGAUGAGAGAGAUAGAAGUUGAAGGCAUUUCCUAUCUGGUAACCCCUGAUGGAAAUUGUAAGAAAAAGAUUUUGAUGAAGGAUCCGCCUAGAAAAUUUUCACUGGACUUAAAGCAGCUGCAAGACCCUGAAUGUUCCCAGGAUUUACGGCCUUCAGAAGCCUUUUCGGAUGUCACUGCUGAAAUGAAUGACAGAUCUGAGUCUGACACAAGGAAUCAAACUGGUGAUAUCUACAAUCAUAAUGAUGAUGGUGGUGUGGUUCUUGAUCUACAAAUAAAUCAAAAUCUUAGCUCCAUGGAAGACGAAAAAGAAUUGCAUUCUUUUGUGGAUGAAAUUGGAAUUUGUGGCAUAUCCCCUUUUAAAACGGAUAACAGAAGUAAAUAUCAUGAUAUGCCAAAGGGACACAAAAUUACAACAGAUGAUGGUUCACAGGUUCAGCCAUCAGACUCUGAAUGUUUUAUUCAAGUUGGUUGUCUGCGGUUUGAGGUAAGCCAAUAUACUGGAAGAAUCCACUUGUAUUCUUGCAUCCCAGGGAAAGAUUUGAGACCAGUGCCGCUGUUCGAGAAUUUCCGACAAGAGGAAAUCGAGUUAGAAAAUGCUCUUGCGAGCGAUAAUAAAGACACAGUUUGCAAAUAUUUCAAGGUCAAUCCAGCCUAUAGGCAUGCUCUUUUAGCCUUCAUUGAUGAAUGGAAUAAACUGAGACCCAUUGAACAAAGAAAAUUACGUGGAAAGCCUUUGCAACUCCCUUUGUCUGUUGAAUUAUGCUACUUGAAGGAAAGCAUUAACCAUAACAGUGGGGGACUGCUGAAAGGUCGGAGCAAGCGGCGUACUACACCUUUUUGUGAGUUAAAUGUUUCUUUACCUCCCAAUGCUGUCUGGAAACAGGUCCAUCUGCGGCGUAGUUGCAAUAAAAAGGAGAAAGAGUACACUCAGGGUUGGACCCUGACUGAUGAACCACUUUGCAAACUCUGCCAAAAACAAUGCGAGGGGAUAAAUGCCAAGAUUCCUCAAUAUUUUGAGGACCUUUUUUGCAAUAUUGGCUGCUACGAAGAAUACCGCCUAAGAACUAGCAACAGAUUCCUCCGUGAGGAACUUUUUCAACUUGAGCAUGGUAUCUGCACAAAUUGCCAAUUAGACUGCCAUAAACUUGUGAAGAACUUAAAACCUUUAUCGUUAGAGAGACGACAGGAGUAUGUAAACAGAGUUGCACCAAAGAUUGCAAGUCAGAAGAUCUUGGUUGAGAAGCUUGUUAGUGAUCCUUCGGAGGGCAAUGCAUGGCAUGCGGACCACAUUGUCCCUGUUUAUAGAGGGGGAGGUGAAUGCAGGCUAGAGAAUAUGAGGACUCUUUGUGUGGCUUGUCAUGCUGUUGUUACUGCAGAACAAUGUGCUGAACGACGGUCAAUGCGAACCAAAGCAAAGAAAAAACUUAAAGCCAUCAUGGCUGACCUUAAAAAUGCUCAGAAUAAAGAAAACAAUGCUUCUUGUGGAAAGGAUAACGGACCCUUUGAGAUAAUCGAGGAGAUACCCGAGGAUGAACUUCUAGUCAAUGUCCCUGGGAGUGCCUAUUCUGCUGGAACAAACAGCAGCCUUCAAAAUGAGUAGUUUGAAAAAACACUCCCUGAUAUCCUAUUAGGUCUUGCAGUGUGGAUUGGCUUGAAAAAACAACAGCCUUUCACUUGUGCUUAUGAAAUUAAAAAAAAAUUAAAUUUUUGAUCACUUAA